AUGUCGUCCAACAACGAGUCCUCCGGCCCCAACAAGACCACCGGCCAGUUCCACUCCACGAAGGGCACCGCGGUCGAGACGAUCGGCUCCCUCACCGGCUGGGACAACUGGACGCAGGCCGGGAAGGAGGAGCACGCGCGCGGCGAGGGCGAGUACCGCGCCGCGCAGGCGCAGGGCUACGUCGAGGGCGCGGCGGACCGCGUCGGCGGCCGCAAGGACGCGAUCGCCGGCGCCGUCAGCGGCGACCGCGAGCGCGAGGCGGAGGGGAACAUGCGCCGGGAUAAGGGGGAGGCGCAGCAGAGCAUCAACCGCCCGGAGUGA